UCAAUGAGAAGAAAGGUUUGAUAUGCCAUGAAGAUCUUGAAGAUGUUGCAUGUCUUGGUUGGUUGUCUAGCUCUAGGAGUUUUCGCUCGUGGGCAACAAAAUCCAGGUUUCAUAAGCAUCGAUUGCGGCGCACCUAAUGAUUACCAUGACGACCAGCUCGACAUAUACUACAAGGCUGAUACGGGGUUUGUAGAUUCUGGGACAAACAUGCAGGUGUCUACCCAAGUCAUCUACCAAGACAACCGACAACAAUCAAAGAAUCUCAGGAUCUUCUCCAGUGGAAUAAGGAAUUGUUACACAUUAAUGCCAGAUAAAGGAAAGGGCAACACAUAUUUGGUCAGGGCUUCAUUUUGGUAUGGGAAUUAUGAUGGCAAGAAUCAAACCCCAGCAUUUGACCUCCAUAUUGAUGUCAACUAUUGGACCACAGUGAACACUUCGUCUUGGAAUUACGAAGAGAUUAUUUACGCUCCUCCAAGAGACUACAUACAAGUUUGUUUGGUGAAUACCGGCUCGGGAGUUCCAUUCAUAUCAACUCUCGAGUCUCGGUUGCUAGAUAACUCGACUUACCAGAUCAAUUCUGGUGCACUUGUAACCAACUUGAGAUAUAAUUUGGGGAGCCUAAACACAUACAGGCACCCACAAGACGUAUAUGAUCGCAUCUGGGCCGGUGAGACUUACGAAGUUUGGUCGUCAAUCAGCAACACGACAGCCAUCGUGACAAGUACAAGCAAUGAUGCCUAUGAAGUUCCGCUUGAAGUUUUGAUGACUGCCACACAAGUACCAAAUGUCACCAAUCCUCUGCGUCUGCAAUGGACCUCAGACAACUCCACUACUAUCUGGUCUGUGUACUUUCACUUUGUGGAAUUGCAACUGCAAGAAAACUACAUCAGAGAACUCACGGUACAUGUACUAAAUCAACUCGUGGGAACCGUCAUGCUCGAGAACCUAAAGCCGGUGACCGUAGCCUCAUUUCCCGUAGCUGGACUCUCUUUGAACCUGGCUAUUCAAGCGACGGACCGCUCCACUUUGCCACCUCUCCUCAAUGCCAUAGAGAUUUUCCACAUGGUCGAACCUCAAAACUCACCGACUUUUCUCGAUGACUUCAAUGCUAUGUACGAUAUCAAGAAAAUAUAUGGGGUGAUUAGAGCUAACUGGCAGGGUGAUCCAUGUGUUCCUACACAGUACUCAUGGAGCGGACUACAUUGUAGCUAUGAUAGUUCUCCAAGAAUUAUCUCGUUGAACCUGAGCUCUAGUGGACUGAAAGGACUGAUAGCUACAUCGAUCUCCAAUUUGACAGCAGUUGUAUCCCUGGAUUUAUCCAACAAUUCAUUAACUGGGUCUGUGCCAGACUUUUUAGCACAAAUGUCGAGCUUGAAAGUCUUGUAA